AUGGCCUGCCCUGACCUGGCACUCCUCUUUGGGAGGCCUGGAGAAGCUUCCCGAGGCAUCACCUGGUGCCUUGAGAACCAGGGCACCGUCAUCUUCCCUGCCCUGAACUCUGCAUUGUACAACAGCAAAGAGUUUCCAAACCCCACAGAAUUUGACCCACAGCAUUUCUUGAACAAAGACGGGACCUUCAGGAAGAGUGACCACUUCAUGCCCUUCUCAGCAGGUAAACGGAUCUGCGCAGGGGAGGGCCUCGCCCGCAUGGAGCUGUUCCUCUUCUUGGCCAGUAUCCUGCAGCACUUCAAACUGAAACCCCUCAAGGAUCCCAAGGAAAUCGACAUCAGUCCCCUCAUGAGUGGCACCGUCACCUUCCCUCGGCCUUAUCAGCUCUGCGUUCUCCCUCGCUGAGGAGAAGGAGGCCUCUGGCCCACCGGAUGCCGUCUGGCAGUUGACCAGUUCAGACCUUGGGACUGAGCCUGUCUACAUUUUCCAGCCUACCUUGUCUGAGCAGCAAAACUGUAAAUUUUUAAACCCCUGAGAGCCCUUUGCUUGAAUGCAGGGAAUCUGUUUUCCUAGAAGAGGGGGCCUGUAUUUUAGAACAUGCAGCAGCCUGCUUGAAUUUGAUUUCAUCAAAUGACCGAUAUUUCAGUUUUAUUCCUUCUUGUUCACCACCAGAUGUUCUUUUUUUACUGCUAUAAGCUUUUGUAUUUUUGGACUGAGAUAAGAUUGAACUUCAUGUUUGUAACCUUCCUAGCUAAAAAUGUACAAUUUAUAUAUAUUUGUCUGACUUAUAAGUAUUUACCUUUAACUUAAGUUCAGUCUUUAUGCAUUUUUAAGCAUUGAUAUCUACCGCUUUACCUGCUUUAUCUACUACGUUCCCAUAGUCUCUCGAGACUGAAGGAUGCCUACGUCAUAUCUACUGCUUUUGUUCACGGCUGUAAAAAUUUUAUAUUGGAUCAUAUGUCUUUGACCUUUUAGGUCUUUGUGUUUUUUUGGAUUUUUUGUGCAUAGAAGUAAUUAAAACUAGAAGAUAUAGACUAA